GGGGGGAGAGAGGGGAGUGAGGAAAGAGGAGCCAUGUCCCGCCGAGGGCCGCGGCCGCGUCGCGGUGUCUUCUCGUUUUGAAUUGGGUUCGAAAAUUAACGGUCAACGGUUUCCAGGACCGGCGGACGGGGGACCCGAGAGGGAGAGGGAGAGAGCGGGAGAGAGAGGGGGAGAGAGGGAGACGAGGCCCCGCGCGGCCCGUGACAAUGAGCGAGAGUUACGGGCGGGCGCUGCUGCGGGUGUCGGUGGCGCAGAUCUGUCAGGCUCUGGGCUGGGACUCGGUGCAGGUGACGGCCUGCGACAUCCUCACCGACGUGCUGGGCCGCUACGUGGAGCAGUUGUCCAGGGGCUGCCACCGCUACAGCGAGCUGUACGGUCGGACGGAUCCUGCCUUGGAUGAUCUGGGUCAGGCCUUCAAGCUAAUGGGAAUCAGCCUGUCAGAGCUUGAAGACUAUAUCCAUAAUCUCGAGCCCAUUGGAUUUGCCCACCAGAUCCCGGCAUUCCCAGUCAGCAAAAACAAUGUACUUCAGUUCCCACAGACUGGGUCCAAGGAAGUCAACGAAGAGAGAGACUACAUUCCAGAAUACCUGCCGCCACUCAUCUCUUCCCAGGAAGAGGAAGAGCAAGUUCCCAUUGAUGGAGGAACCUCAGCCGAAGCGAUGCAAGUUCCUCUCGAGGAGGAAGAGGAGGAGAUGGAAGAAGAAGAGGCGGUUAACGACGAGAACUUUCUGGGCAAGAGACCGCUGGAAAGCCCGGACUCUCUCGACUUGCCCGUCACAAAGCGAGCCAGGACAGGGAGCUGUAAAACACACAGCCCCGACGGUGCCUUAGAACCGAGGGAGCCCUUGAGCAUGAUCAAUUCUCAGCGAGUUCCUCCUGUCUUGUCUCCUGUCCCACCCCCGGAGCACCCCGACUCGCCCCCUCUUUCUCCAGAGCCACCGAUGCUUGCGCCCAUCCCCAAACCCUCGUCACAACCCGUCACCCCGAAAUCGUCUGAUUCCAAAACAUCCGGGUCCAAAGGCAAAUCGAACAUCUCCCCUUCGGGCAGCCAGAAGCCCAAGUCCCCCAAAGGGUCACAGUCGGCGCACACAGGAAGCCCCAAACGUUCCCCUAAAGGUUCGAAAUCGAUGGACAAGAAGUCGCCCCUGCGGACAAAAAGCCCCAAAAGUCCUAAGAGUCCCAAAGUACCGGCGAGUGUCUCUCACUCCACAGCCAAGAGUGAGGCUCCCGACAGGACCCCUUCGGCCGUGUGUAACCCAGGGCCCGAAAAGCCCGGCAAAGAAAACGUUCAUACAAAGCACCCACACACGUCGUCUGAAAUGGAGAAACCUAACACUUUGGACAGUCCGGCUAAAAAGUCGGGGGCGCCUGAUAAGAGCAUCGAUGACUCUAUCGAUGCAGUUAUAGCUCGUGCUUGUGCCGAGAGGGAGAUGGACCCCUUUGAGUUUUCCUCAGGGUCUGAAUCGGAGGGAGAGGUCUUUACCAGCCCCAGGCGACUGACCAUUUCGGAAUCAUCGACACCAAAGGUCCACUCGCUUUCCAGCAGCUUUAGCAGGAGUAGUACGACCCCAACACAAUCUUCUGCCCCUUCGGGACUCGCUAAUAUGUCGUGGACUUUAGAUGAUUCCAUCAAUGAGGUGGUGAGGAAAGCCAGCUUGGGUACGCCCCCCUCUGUGCCCCCCACCAACCCUUACCUAUCUUCGCCAUCCGCUUCCCCACCCACCCCGGAACCCCUCCUUAAGCUCUACGAAGAACGGACAAAGCAAGCAUCUUCAUCCGACGUGAAGAAAAAGCUGAAGAAGGAGAUUAAGUUGAAGAUCAAGAAGAAAGAGAAGCUAAAAGAGAAGGACCGAGAGAAAAAGGAAAAGAACAAAGACAAGGAGAAGAACAAGGACAAGGACAAAGAGAAGGAAGCUAGCCGAGAGACCAAGUUGUUUUUAAAGGAAUUUGGGAAGGAACAUGAUAAGGAUUCAUUUAAGUUCAAGAUCAGAGACCAGGAAGAACCCGACAUCAAAGUAAAACAUAAAGAGGGGAAUGUUAAAAAAGACAAAGACAAGCAUCGGGACAAGAAGAAAGAUAAAGAGAAGGGGAAAAAGGAUAAAGAGAAGAACAAGGAGAAGGAUAAACACAAAGAGAAGGGAAAGGCCUCUUCGCUCGUUUUUCUUCCAAAGGACAUCCCCUUACCCCUUUUCAGCACGCCCCUCAAGGUACCCUCCGCCAUGCCAUCUGUCACUCCCGUCGUGCCCGAGAGACUGUUUGAGGAGAAGCCAAAGGAGAAGGACAAGAAGAAGGACAAGAAAGAGAAGAAGAAAAAGAAAGACAAGGAUAAGGAGAAGGUGAAGGAGAAGGAGAAGAAAGAGAAGGAGAAGGAGAAGGAGAAGAAGGAGAAGGAGAAGGAAAAGGAGAAAGAAAAGGAGAAGCAUAAACAACAAAAGGCAAAAGUCGAAGCCGUUAUACCAGCUCCUUCUCCAGUUAUUCCAAGACUCACCCUGAGGGUUGGCGCUGGGCAGGACAAGAUUGUCAUCAGCAAGGUGGUCCCGGUGACAGAGUCAAAGCCGGCGCCCAGUGCAAGUCGCCCAAAGACCCCACCUCCAGCUCCGGCACCUCCCCCGCCACCGCACCCUGCCCCCCUGCCUGUGGCAACAACUGCCUCGCCAGCUCCCGCUACUCCAUCUCCUUCAGCCACUGCAGCAGGUUCCUCAAAGACACCCGUCAGGAGUGUGGUCACAGAGACCGUCAGUACUUAUGUGAUCCGGGAUGAAUGGGGCAACAAGAUCUGGAUCUGUCCCGGCUGUAACAAGCCGGACGAUGGCAGCCCGAUGAUCGGCUGUGACGACUGCGACGACUGGUAUCAUUGGCCUUGCGUUGGGAUUACCGCAGCCCCGCCCGAUGAGGUCCAGUGGUUCUGCAACAAAUGCGUCAACAAGAAAAAGGAGAAGAAACACAAGAGGAAGAAAUCUCGAGCGCACUGAGAGAUAGAGACAGAGAGCACAAUCAGCCCACGUUCCCCCUAUUGACUGUAGUUAUUGGAAAGAGCGGCAGUGGCGAGAGAGCGAGAGAGAAAGAGAGCCAGCGCAGAGCGAGAGAACCGAGUUAUGAACGUCUUUGUGCAGUGCGCAAAUUGCCUAGGGAUUCCACCCAUUUCCAGAGAGACAGGGAUAGAGAGAGAAAAAGGCCCAGAGAAUAAAAAAAACUCAUUGUUUGCCUUUUUUCGUGUAAUUAAUUGUAUAUUUUUUAAAUGAAAGUUUGUAUUAUAUAUCACACACAAUCAUUUUUUUGCAUUCGUGUACGCAGUGUCAUCUUCCUAGUUACUCUUGUAAUAUAUUUUAUCUUCUCUGCUUGGAACUCUCAUUGCUUCAACCAACAGUGGCGUGAUGAUUGUAACCCCAAAUAACGUAUUGCUAACAUUUAUUAAGAGAAUAAAUUACAUUUUUUUAAGAAAAAAAA